AUGCUGAAUAAGUAUCCGUUGCCUCACAUCAAUGAUUUGUUCGAUCAGUUGAAGGGUGCUAAAGUAUUUUCUAAGAUUGAUUUGAUAUCAAGCUAUUACCAGUUGUGGAUUAGAGAAGAAUACAUGCCUAAGACUGCUUUCGGACGAGUCGGGCACUAUCGUCGUUUCGUGGAGGGUUUCUCUACCAUAGCGACCCCUUUCACUUGUUUGACAAGAAAGGGAGUUAAGCUUAAAUGGUCAGAUGAGAGUGAAGAGAGCUUCAAUGAACUCAAGACCAGGUUGACCACCGCUUCGGUAUUGACACUUCCAGAUGAUAGUGGGAACUUUGUUAUCUACAGUGAUGCAUCGCGACAAGGAUUAGGUUGUGUGUUGAUGCAACAUGGUAGGGUAAUCGCUUAUGCUUCGAGGCAACUCAAGAAGCAUGAGUUGAAUUAUCCUACUCAUGAUUUGGAACUUGCUAGUGUGGAUUAUGACUGCACUAUUGAGCAUCAUCCUGGGAGAGCUAAUGUGGUAGUGGAUUCUCUCAACAAGAAGUCAUCUGGUUCUGUGGCUCAUCUCCGAGGAAGAUAUCUUCCAUUGUUGAUUGAGUUGAGGAAUUUGAGAGAUGGGCUAGGUAUGGAUGAUCGGGGAGCUUUGGUGGCUACUCUUUAUGUAAGACCAGUGUUAGUGGAAUGA